CUAAUUUUUCCAAUGAUAUCAUAUAAAAGUUAAUUUUAUAGGUUCUAUACAACUAGAAAUUUGGCAUUAGCGCUAACUUGUUCAAUGAUCCCAUCAAAUAAAUUUCUUAACUAUGCCACUAUAUUUAUUUGGCUCCCCUCACCAUAAAAUUCUGGUUUCGUCCCUGCUGUACAUUUGUCUUGCUUCACUUUAGCUGGCAACUAAUGAGGAAAUUACAAACCAGAGGGCCUUUUGUUUUGAUUACAUCUUCUUUUCUCCCUUUUCCCCCUACAAGAUUGCUGACUGGUGGAACUCAAAAUAAUCAGGUCAUCCCAGAAGAAAUUGUGCAAGCUCUUUUUUCAGCUUGCAAAAGUGGUAAUUUUGACUUGGCUGACAAGGAAGUCAAUAACAUAAUUGCAGAUGGAUAUCCAGUUUCUCAGAUGCUUUCUCAGCUGUUUGAUGUUAUUGUUGGAGUGGAUGAUAUAUCUGACGAACAGAAAGCGAGAAUAUGCAAGAAAUUGGGCGAAGCAGAUAAGCGUCUUGUUGAUGGAGCUGAUGAGUAUUUGCAGCUCUUGGAUGUAGCUAGUAAUACAAUGCGAGCACUUUGUAAUAUGCCAGAAGAAUUGUCUUAUGAGAAUUAG